ACAGUAUAUUGUAGUGGUAUAAAGCAGGGCGGCUUACUGAGCGUUAUGUACUUGACGCGAAUCGUGUUUAGUUUGUUUUUCAUUGAUAGAAAGACGAGUAGUAUCACAGUAAUAGUAAACAAAAGCGAAUAAACUACAAAAAUGAGUAAUUCAACUAUUUCCGAUCAAUCCCUCAUGGACAAGUCCAUGCGAAGUGUUUUCGUCGGGAAUAUCCCGUACGAAGCCACAGAAGAGAAUUUAAAGGAUAUUUUCAGUGAAGUUGGACCAGUACUUUCUUUCAAAUUAGUGUUUGACCGAGAAACGGGUAAACCCAAGGGCUAUGGCUUCUGUGAAUACAAAGAUCAAGAGACAGCACUCAGUGCUAUGAGAAAUUUGAAUGGUUAUGAAAUUGGCGGAAGAACUUUACGUGUCGACAAUGCUUGCACAGAAAAAAGCCGGAUGGAAAUGCAAAGCCUUUUGCAAGGACAGAAUACUGAAAAUCCAUAUGGAGAGGCAGUACAAGCUGAUAAAGCACCAGAAGCUAUAAGUAAGGCUGUUGCAUCUCUGCCUCCUGAGCAAAUGUUCGAACUAAUGAAACAAAUGAAACUCUGUGUACAAAAUAAUCCUAAUGAAGCACGCCAAAUGUUGCUCCAAAAUCCACAACUGGCUUAUGCCUUGCUGCAAGCACAGGUAGUGAUGAGAAUAGUCGAUCCACAUACAGCAGUUAAUAUGUUACAUAAAGCAAAUCCAAUUCCAAAUGUGUUAGCACCUUCCGAUAAACCAGCAGUGCAUCCUAUUGUACCGCGAAUCGAGGAACCAUGGGCUGUAGCACGACCUGCACCGAUUGUAAAUCCUCCAGCACCAAUCUUUGCUGGACAAGAUGUCGAUCUACGCGCAUUAGAUAGACAAAUGGAUCCACGUUUAGCUAGAAUGGAUCAAGAUCUACGAGGACCACCACAAGUACCACCGCCAACACCUGUUAGUGCGCCUCCACCCGUAUCCGCUACCGCCGAUUCCAGAGGAUUAAGCACGUUCAAUAGUAUUGCAGAUAACGCUCUUCCUGUUGAAGGAGUUGAGAGCUUUUGCCGCGAUCCAAGAACAGAUAGAUUUGGCAGAGAUCCGAGAGAUCCUAGAGAUCCAAGGAUGCCUAUCGAUCCGAGAAUUACGAAAGCCAAUCCACCAACGCCAAUCGCAGCAACGGUGGUACCAAGACCUGUGGCUGCACCUAUUGUUGCUCCACCUACAAAUGUUGUUGCUGCCAAUGUAACAGCUCCUGUAACCACACUCCCAGCAUCCACAACAUCUGCAACUUCGAGACUGAUGGCAGGCAUGUCAUCAGCCGGAAAUAUACCUAGUGGGGCAUCGGAUCAGGAAAAAGCUGCAUUGAUAAUGCAAGUAUUGCAAUUAUCGGAUGAACAAAUUGCUAUGUUACCACCUGAACAAAGGCAGAGUAUUUUGGUACUGAAAGAACAAAUCGCAAAAAGUACGCAACGUUAAUUUGUAAUUGUAUGUUUUAAAUUUUCACACAUUUGUAAAAAUGAUGUAAUCGUAACAUGUACCCUUGAUCUGGUAUGAGUCAAUAAAUGUUUAAAAACAAUAA